GGUUGAUGAUUUUUCCUUAAAUAAACUGAUGUGUGCGUCUGUGUGUUUGUGGUUCCUGUGUGUGUCUGCAGCCUGGUGUCGUCCCUGCAGGCCGUCAUGGCGUCGUCUGCCGGCUGCGUCAUCGCCUCGUCCUGCAGGGACGUCCUGGAGGACAGACACUGGCUGACCGACACCUACAUCCUGUUUGCAACGCCUUACUUCCUGUACGACAUCUACGCCAUGUUUGUGUGUUACUGGCACAAGCUGCAGGUCAAAGGUCACGAGGAGGCGGGGCGAGGCGGCCUGUCCGUGCGGGCCGCGGUGCCGGGUUUCCUCCGCCGAGAGAUCCUGAUGGUUCUGCAUCACGUCUUCAUGGUGGCCUUCUGCUUCCCCGCAUCCCUGCUGUGGCGGCAGGGUAAAGGUGAUUACUUCCAGGGCGUUCUGUUUCUGGCGGAGCUCAGCACGCCGUCCGUCUGUCUGGGAAAAGUCCUGAUCCAGUACAGGAAGCAGCAGACGCUGCUGCACCGAGCCAACGGCGUCCUCAUGCUGCUCUCCUUCUUCUGCUGCCGCGUGCUGCUCUUCCCGUACCUGUACUACGCCUACAGCAGGUACGCCUCCAUCCCGCUCCACCGGGCCCUCCUGGCGGCGCCGUGGCAGUGUAACCUAGGGGCCGCUCUGCUGUGGCCCCUGCAGCUCUACUGGUUCUGUCUGAUCUGCAGGGGCGCCCUGCGGCAGCUGAGGCCCCGCCCCAACGCGGACGAGGCAUCGGCCGAUCAAACGGGCCGACGCUGAGCGAGGAGGAGGGGCUUAUUGCACUGAGAGGGCGGAGUCACAGCGUCUGUGUGGGAUUCACGUCUUAACAGACAUUUUAUCGAUCUUCUGUUUACGCUCCUCGCCGUGGCGUCCUCUCAGCUCCUCCGUCCCUGAAGUUUUUGUACCAGAAAGAAGGCGCUGGCGCCCCCUGCUGGCGCCCCCUGCUGGCUGCAUCCUGCUGGCGCCCCCUGCUGGCUGCGUCCUGCUGGCGCCCCCUGCUGGCUGACCCGUUUCUGAAGCUUCAGUCCCGACGUGAACAUCUGCUCUGAGAGUUCUGACUUCAGUCGGUGGAGACUCUAAAGGACCCAAACACAGAAUCGAACCUCCAGAGGGAGGAGGGACGUGGUCGUCCGCUGGACCAAAGCAUCCGCUUAAUAAAGACGGAGCAUCAAA